AUGGAUUUUCAUCGCAUUUGGGCGGAGUGCCCUGCUGACACGUCUUUGAAACUGCCGUGGGAACAUGGAUUCUGGAAGACUUUUUUCGAGGGUCCUACUGAUCCUAAUGGUAUUCAAGACUGGAAAGUUGCAGAUCCUCCGCUUUUUGUGCCGUGUGCUCCCCACGCUGAACCGGCGCCUGCCAAGAAGCUUCGAGUGUCAGAGCCCUUGUCUUGGCAUCACAUUGUGCGUUCAGGUGGUGAACAGACUUGGAAAGACAAACGUGAAGCUGACUUUCAAGUGGCGCUACGUCGCUGGCAUGAUGUUUUGAUUCUUUUGCCUUGUCACAUUGUUGUAGUUCAGCAGCUUUUGCAUUUGAAGACUACUGCAGAGAGAUUGCGCAUGCUCAGAGAUGUUUUUUGGAAGAAGGCGCCCAGCACUCUUCGGAAACGUGUGCAUUCAUUCUUGAGGUUUACAUCAGACUUGGAAACACGUCGAAUUGCAUUUCCUGGUACUGAAACAGAUUUCUAUGCUUUUUUGGAUGGACUCAGAGUGGCCGGAGCCCCUGCAUCUCGGAUUCAGAGCAUCAUACAGUCUUUGAUUUUUGUACAGCAUGUUGUAGGUGUACAGGAACUUGAUGCUUUGACGUCAUCCAGGCGAUGUCUUGGUGUGUCAGGUUGCCGUAACACUCGACCCAAGCGGCAGGCUGAUCCAUUCAAAGUUGCAGACUUGGUUGCAUUGCACAGUGUUCUUGCAGACAGCAACCGGGACUGUUGGGACCGUUGCAUGGCUGGUAUGAUCCUAUUGACAGUUUAUUCACGCAGUCGAUGGAAUGAUUUGCAACAGGCAGAGUCCAUGUUGUUGGAUUGUGGUCCAGACGGAGUGGUUGCCUAUGCAGAGCUGAAGAUAGCCGAUCAUAAAACGAAACAUUCAUCUGCCUUCCGAAAUUGCUUCUUGCAUGCUUGUGCUCCGGCUGCAGGUGUCGUGGAUGAUGGCUGGAUCAACAUUUGGGCGCAGGUCCGCUCUGAGCUUGGGAUUUCAUUUGAGGCUGGCCAUCCGACCAUGCCAGCACCCUUGGAGGACGGUGGAAUCAGCAUGAGACCCCUCAGCAGUGAAGAGAUGAAACAUUGGACUUCCAUUCUUCUGCGAUCAGUUCAGGUUGAGACUGAGGGACGUAGGCUGACGUCACACAGUUGCAAGUGCACGUUGCUGUCGUGGUGCUCGAAAAGAGGAUUGCCCUGGGAGGAUCGUCUUGUGCUUGGAGGACACACUUCAGCAGUGCGAUCUGCUCUGGUGUAUGCGCGUGAUGGCUUGGGCCGUCCGUUGCGCAUGCUUGAGAAACUGCUGAUGGAGGUGCGGCUGGGCAGGUUUUUGCCCGAUGCUACAAGGAGUGGUAGAUUUCCAGGGCCCAUUGCAACGGCAGUGCAGUGUGAUGAUGGGGACCAAAGUGAGUUCUCAUACGCCCCAAGUUUUGGGGAUGGUGAAGUUGAUGACGUUACAGCCAACCACAUAACCCAUGGCGACCUUGUGAAACAUGCAGAGCGACUGGACACAGGUGCAGUGCAAUCCGUUGCAGGUGUGACAUGCAAAGUUGAAUCUGCCGAGUCAGUUUGGGACUUGGUAGGCAGCAAUGAGGUGAUCGACUUGGACACUUGCUCAGAUGAAAGUGGAUGCUCAGUCGCAACGACCUCGUCCAGCUCAGAUGAGGGAGCUGCUGAACUUAGCAGCGCCAGGAGGCCAGUGCAUCCUCCUACAGUGCCAAGUCAGUUGAAACUGAUCCAACAUAAAAAGCUCAAGACGUUGCACCUGAUGGAACAGCAGAAUCAGAGGGUGAUGCUUUGUGGAAGAAUGGCUGAGACCAGCCGCUAUGAAAACGUUCAAGAGACAAGGAAACAGGCGGUUGCAGGUGACACUUCUGAACCAUCGAAGUCCUUGCCUUACGUCGAGAAGAGGCGACGCCUUGAGGCCCAACAAGCUAGGAUCACUGGCAUUUCACACAUGCACGAGCAAAGGGCAUCGCAUGGCCUCAUUGACUUGUGUUUUCACAUUGUUGAAUCGGGUGCAUUGCUGUAUGUGGCGCCUUCCAAGUGCAGUUCGAGGGAUUCUGAGAUCCAAACAGAUGCAAAGACUAGACAGAAACAGUUGUUGACCCUUGAACAAGGGACAUUGAAGGCCGUGUCGGCCGAUUCUUUGCCGACGGUUGACAUUGGCACGGAAAUGAAAUUGAUGUACGCACUGCAGCGUCGUGGAUUGGCAUUUGAUCUUGUAGGAUUGAUGUCGUUUGAUGCCCAUUCUGAGUGGGUGAACAAGCUCUUCAGGGCACUUAUGGCUGACACCCCGGCGAACUUCCAGGCGCUCAGUUUGCAACAAAUCAUCCGUGCAGACCAAGAAAUGUUUCUUUUAUUGGCUUCAGAAUAUCAUGGACCACUCAAGUCACCGAUGGUGGAUGGUGAGCCUCCCUUGGAUGCGCAGCUUCGUGUUUACAUGACAGAUCCUAGGGUCAACAUGUACCUGGUCCCUGCUCCGGCUAGCCAAAAACGACCGGCGCCUGUGACAAGUGCUGGAGACAAGCCGUCCUCACCUCCUACGAAGAAACCACGUCAGAGCCCAAAGGCACCAGCCCAGUUGCCGGCCGAACUGUCGGGAUUUCACACCAAGACUGCCGACAACAAGCCGCUGUGUUGGAAUUUCAAUUUGAGCAAAGGCUGUGCGAAUGCCACCAAGUCCGAACGUUAUCCUGACGGAUUGCCAGGCCUCAGUUUUCAUGACCAAGAGCGAGUAGACAAAGCAAAUAGCAGCUACAGUGCAACGGAAGCUGCAUAUCCGCAGUUGUUGUGUGAUCGCAUUGCGUGCAUUCUCAAGGACGAAGCUCUUCGUAGUGGCUUUGCUUUUUCUGAAGACUUGCAACAACAAAUUUUGGAGGUGCCAAACGUUGCAAGCCGACAGUUGUUUACAACGCAGCCCAAAGGGCAGAAGUUGAGACCGCUGGUCUCUGAAUAUGGAAGGUAUGUGACACUUCUUGCAUCGACAUCAAACGACUCAGAAGUGCAGAGUUUUGUACAAAAACUCCCCAAAGGAGCCAAAGUUUGUCAUCGUAUUCUUUUUCCAGGGGGUGUCGCUCGAGAUGACAUGGAGAGCAAAUAUGAGGAAGUUCUCCAAACUGAAUCAUGGAAGGCCGGUGAACCAUGUGAACUCUUGCAAACAGGCAUCCCACGUGAACCUGCUGACUUCAUAAGUGAUGCGAUCCGAAAGGGUCAUCCAAGAGACAUCAUUGCACAGGUACCCAAUGAAAUCAGAGCAGUUGUGCGUAGCAUGCUGGAUGGAGACAUGGCGGGGCGCUUCAAAACAAGAGCCGCAUUUUUGAAGAAGUGGCUCAAACGGUCCCUUGAGUUGAAGGAUGAGGAGCAAGCCUUGCAUCGUAAUUUACCUCUUCAUUUGCAGCGUAUUCUUGAAGGAAAGCCGAACGUCAGGAGGCCGUCCCUUGGAAUACAACAGUUGAUCAACAUGUCGAAAGGAUUGAACGCAUCAGUGGUCAACUCUCUCCACG